CCCCUCCCCCACCCCCGCCCCAAGUCCCGUCAGCGGGGUCCGGAACCCACUGUGCCGUCGCCUCUUCCUUUUUCGACGCCGCCGCCGCCGCCUGAGGAGGCGAGCUAGCCGGGAGUUACACCGCCACCGCCAGGAUGGAUAGAAUGACAGAGGAUGCUCUUCGCCUGAAUCUGUUGAAGCGGAGCUUGGACCCAGCUGAUGAAAGAGAUGAUGUUCUAGCCAAGCGGCUCAAAAUGGAGGGGCAUGAGGCCAUGGAACGUCUGAAAAUGUUGGCACUGCUCAAACGGAAGGAUUUGGCAAAUCUCGAGGUGCCACAUGAGUUACCCACCAAACAGGAUGGCAGUGGUGUUAAGGGCUAUGAAGAGAAGCUCAAUGGGAAUCUCAGGCCUCAUGGAGACAACAGGACUGCUGGAAGGCCAGGCAAAGAAAAUAUCAAUGAUGAGCCUGUGGAUAUGAGUGCUAGACGGAGUGAGCCAGACCGAGGAAGGCUAACUCCCUCUCCAGACAUCAUUGUUUUGUCUGAUAAUGAGGCUUCCAGUCCCCGUUCCAGCUCCCGAAUGGAAGAAAGACUCAAAGCAGCCAACCUAGAGAUGUUUAAGGGGAAAGGCAUUGAGGAACGGCAGCAGCUCAUCAAGCAGCUGAGGGAUGAGCUGCGAUUGGAAGAAGCCCGACUGGUGCUGUUAAAGAAACUGAGACAGAGUCAGCUACAAAAAGAAAAUGUGGUCCAGAAGACUCCAGUUGUACAGAAUGCAGCAUCUAUUGUGCAGCCAUCUCCUGCCCAUGUGGGACAACAAGGCCUGUCCAAGCUUCCCUCCCGGCCUGGGGCCCAAGGGGUUGAACCUCAGAAUUUGAGAACAUUACAGGGUCACAGUGUCAUCCGUUCAGCGACCAACACCACCCUCCCGCACAUGUUGAUGUCUCAACGUGUGAUUGCACCAAACCCAGCCCAGCUACAGGGUCAGAGGGGCCCACCUAAGCCUGGCCUUGUACGCACUACAACACCCAAUAUGAAUCCUGCUAUCAAUUACCAGCCGCAGUCAAGUUCUUCUGUUCCCUGUCAGCGCACAACAUCCUCUGCCAUCUAUAUGAACCUUGCCUCCCAUAUCCAGCCAGGGACCGUGAACAGAGUGUCCUCACCACUUCCUAGCCCCAGCGCCAUGACUGAUGCUGCCAACUCACAGGCUGCAGCCAAAUUGGCUCUUCGCAAACAGCUGGAAAAGACACUCCUGGAGAUUCCACCCCCUAAACCACCUGCUCCCUUGCUUCAUUUCCUGCCUAGUGCAGCCAAUAGCGAGUUCAUCUACAUGGUAGGCUUGGAAGAAGUUGUACAGAGUGUCAUCGACAGCCAAGGGAAAAGCUGUGCCUCACUUCUGCGGGUCGAACCCUUUGUUUGUGCCCAGUGCCGCACAGAUUUCACCCCUCACUGGAAGCAAGAAAAGAAUGGUAAGAUUCUAUGUGAGCAAUGUAUGACCUCCAACCAGAAGAAAGCUCUAAAGGCAGAACACACCAACAGGCUGAAGAAUGCUUUUGUUAAAGCCCUACAGCAGGAACAGGAAAUCGAACAGCGAUUACAGCAGCAGGCAGCCCUCUCCCCCACUACGGCUCCAGCUGUGUCCAGUGUCAGUAAACAAGAGACCAUAAUGAGACAUCAUACACUUCGGCAGGCUCCACAGCCCCAAAGCAGCCUCCAGCGUGGCAUACCCACAUCUGCCCGUUCCAUGCUUUCCAACUUUGCACAGGCACCCCAGCUGUCUGUGCCAGGUGGCCUCCUUGGUAUGCCAGGUGUCAACAUUGCAUACUUGAACACUGGCAUCGGAGGACACAAAGCCCCCAGUUUGGCAGACCGACAGCGGGAAUACCUUUUAGACAUGAUCCCUCCCCGGUCUAUAUCGCAGUCCAUCAGUGGACAGAAAUAACGCCUGUUCCACUUGUGCUGCCCCAACCUUGAAUCCUUUACCCCUCUCCUCUCCUGUUGCCCCCAACUUCCGUCGCAUGCAGUGCCUGUACUGGUGCCUACCAUACACGGAAAACAAAACAGAAA